AAGCAGGUGCCCGGAAGUUCAGCGUGCAAAAGUGGCGGCCAGCAAAAAAGUGAUUAAAAUGGUUAAAUCAAGCAAAAAAGUUUCUGCAUUUGCAGUUUUUAAAAACAAGAAGGCUUACAAUGUGCCUCAGAAUGACAAUGGCAUCCCAAGCGCCUCAUCCAGCAUGACCAGCCUCAACUCACAAUUUGAAGAAGCGGAUAAAAUUUCGCUGAGCUCUACACUUCACAGUCGACGCAGUGGCGAAAUGGAAAAUGUCUCGCUGAAGUCAGGUCGUCGGAGUGGAGAAAGGGUGUCGUCACUAAAGGAGAUGUUCCGUGGAAGUAUUAGAAAGAGACAGUCAUCUGGAGAGAAAAAGGAAAAGAAGGCUCAUCGUAACAGCAAAGGUCGGCCCUCAUUUCUGCCUGAUGAAGCCCUCAAAAGUCCCGUUAUUGACCCAGAGGUCAAACUCACUGGCAUGAAGACACGAGCAAGCUCAUCAAAGUUGAAUGGACUACCACCAAGACCAACGAGUACUACUUUACCAGAUUACCCUAAAGUACAGAAAAUCCAAAGUUCCUCCACCCUCCCUGUCAAUACCACUGCAGACAUAUCCAGCAAGACGCUUCGGUCCUCACAGUCAGAUAUCAGCCAACAAAAAACUAGUACUCCAUACAAUUCGAAUGCAUCUACUGCUCUGUUUACCGCAAAAGCAUCAAAAUCGCCCAAGUUGAAAUCGCCAAAAGCUUCAGACAUUACUACCGAAACAAAAACUCCAAGUGGCCAUCUUGAUCUAAUGUCAAAAGAAAACAUUGUUAGUUCACCUAAGAAGGGCAAGACGCCUGAUAAAACACCUAAGAAUACACCGGGAGCCAAAGAAAAGACACCUAAUAUGAAAAGUAAAAAGUCUAAGACGCCAGAGAUGAGGGUACCGGAACGUAAACAGAGCACACCAAAGGACCAGUCGUCACCUGAUCUGCCAACUAAACGACCUCGCCAGCCGACGCCCCGGGAAAAGAAGGCGGAAUUGAGUGCAGUGUCACCGAGUCCGAAGAAGAGACGGGUGCAGAAGGACACGGCACCAGAGAAAGUGAUGGAGGAGACGGCAUCCAACAGCAGUGAUGUGCCCGACGGGGCAAGCAUUGGAAAGGCUGAUCUGAUGCCUCUAGAGAAGCCGUCCCUGACCAUGUACGACAGCCAGCUUGAAGCUCAAAGACUGUUCGAACUGAUGAUUCACCCAGUGAAGUUAGAGAAGUUCUUCAAAGAUUUGUGGGAACAGAAGCCAUUGAUCGUGAAGCGUCACAAAGCUGAUUAUAAUGAGGGUUGGUUCAGCACGGCAGAGUUUGAUAGGAUUAUGAGGGAGAAUGCACUCCAUUUUGGUGUCAACUUAGACAUCGUAACGUAUGAAAAUGGUCGCAGAGAAACGCAUAACCCUCCAGGACGAGCUUAUGCACCCAUUGUUUGGGAUUAUUAUAGCAAUGGCUGUUCAGUGCGCUUGCUGAACCCGCAGACAUUCUCUCCGAGUGUGUGGAAGUGUCUGUCUGUCUUACAAGAAUACUUUGGGUGCUUUGUAGGUGCAAAUAUUUACCUCACUCCACCAGGGUCGCAAGGUUUUGCUCCACAUUAUGACGACAUUGAGGCAUUUGUUAUACAGCUCGAAGGGAAGAAACACUGGAAGUUAUAUAAUCCAAUGAGUGAAAACCAGACCCUACCAAGGUUUUCCAGCAAAAAUUUCAGUGAAGAAGAUCUAGGUGCUCCCCUGCUUGACACCGAAUUAGAAGCUGGUGACUUCCUCUACUUCCCUAGAGGUAUUGUGCAUCAGGCCAAUACCCCAGAUGACACCCAUUCCCUCCAUAUCACAGUCUCGGCCUGUCAGAAGAACACCUGGGGAGACUUACUAAUGAAUAUGGUGCCCGCAGCAUUAAAGAUAGCUAUGGAAGAAGACAUAGAUUUCCGAAGAUCAUUACCAAGAGAUUACCAAAACUAUAUGGGAAUUGUCAACAGUGAUAAGCAGUGUGAGGGUCGUGCGUCAUUCCUUAAGACCGUGGAAAAGCUAAUGAAGAAGUUGCUGACACAUUCUCCUGUAGAUGCUGCGUGCGACCAGAUGGGACAGCGUGUCGUUCAUGAGGCACUCCCACCGUUCUUAACAGAAGCGGACAAGAUGUGUAGCAUUCAUGGUAUGGGUGAGAAAUGGGAUGAGGAGUACGGCCGUGUCCGCGGUCGCAUUGAACUCGAGCCAGAUACUUGUGUCAAAAUAGUCAGAAAGGGUGUGAUCAGACUUGUGAUGGAGGAAGAAACCGUACGGAUAUACCACUCGUUGGAGAAUACCCGGGUCUUUUGUGAGAAGGAGCCACAGUUCAUUGAUGUCUCUAGCGAAGUAGCGCCAGCUGUUGAAUUCUUGAUCCACCAAUAUCCCAAGUACGUCCCAAUCGAUAGCCUGCCAUUGGAAACAAUAGUUGAAAAGAUUGACAUCGCUACACAGCUGUAUGAGAAAGGACUGCUGUUGACGUAUGCACCACUGGAGCCGCUCACAGAAGGUGAAGAUGACGCUGAUGCCUAAGAUGUUCUAGAAGUUGUUACUUUGCUUCCAGUUGACUAGCUCUGUCUUGUUUUCACACGGUGUAUCAAAUUGUCUGUUCAUGUUCACAUGACUGCUUUUUGAUUGCACCAUUAUGUGACAAUUGACAGUGACACUGAACAGGGGAGGUACUGGGUUCUGAUUGACUGCUGCAUCAGUCCCUUGUGGUCAGAGAAGUUGUGCAUUUUUGUUGAAAAGUCAAACAAAUAUUACCCCAGUGAACCAGUUUGUUUUCAAAUGACAAUUUUGCAUUUUAGAAUCAUUGUCUUUGUACAAAAGCAUUUAAAUAUCCUUCACAUUGCUGAGUAGAUGUAGUUUCUUGCUUGGACUUUGAAUUGCUUGUGUUCAUGAAAGUGGAAGAAGCGCAAAUUGCUUGUUUUCAGUGUAAGAGGGUAUGAAUAGGGAUACCCUGUACAUUUAUUUAGGAUGCAAAGCUUGGUGCAUUAUAUUCAUGUGAAUGCUAUUCAAAAACUCACUGCCUCUGCAAGUUACAGUGUGGUGUUCAGACAAAGGUGUGGACCAAACGUAAUCUAUGAACAAGAAAACAUAUGGCUACUGGCUAUCAUGAUAUUUUUGGAGAGUUUGAUUUUCAGCAUUUAUCAAUUUUUCAGUUUUGCGGUAAUUGGAGAGGUAAUCUCUGAGACUUUUAGGAACUUGUAGGAUUUGCAAGGAAUUCUUUUUAAAAGCCAUUUGUCACGGUUCUAACCUUUAUUUCGGAUUAUGUAAAUAGAGUAAUUUUAGGCAUUGUUAAGAUAGGAAAAGUAAGUUCUGUUCACGAGUGGUGAAUGUGAUUUUAUUCCAUAUGACUGUACACCUGUAAAUAAUCAACAUAUAAGCACCCACAAAGGAGCAUUUGGUGUCACUGCGAGGUGACAAUAAUAUCUUGUUCUAGUGGUGAUCACAGAUCCUGCAACAAGAAGCAAUUAUAACUCCAACCUCUGAUUAGUAUCAAACCCAGCGAUUUCCUGUUUUACCUGCAGAGAGGCAAUCUUUUUAGCGCCAAUCGCAGUGAUUAUUGUUGCCGGUGGCAGCGACAAAAAUGUCUCAUUUAUGGGGAGCUUUAGGCAUGCUUCCACAUCAAGUCUUCCAAUAACAAUUUCAAUUCAAUGGAGUGUAAGACACAAUAAAAGUUAUCUCAAAAGGAA